AUGAUUUUAUUUUUAUUUAGUGUAGAUAAAAUAAUAAUGGAAAGCAGCAACGAAGUUAGGGAGCUCCUAACUAAUAAGGAAAAGUAUGAACAAUGUGUUGAUGAAUUAAAAUGUGAUCAAGAAAUCAAACAUAAACCUGACACGUUGUUUCUUUAUUUUACUGCAAUUAUUGGGAUACUUCCUAUGGUAAUAAUAGGAUCAUCAAUAACAUGGACUUCCCCAGCCAUUUUAAAGCUAGAAUCCAACGAUACAGCAAUCAAUCCUAUUGGAACACCAAUAACAACAUCAGAAAUAUCUAUGUUAUUAGGAGCACCUAUGUUCGUAUCCUUAAUUGGAUGUAGCAUCUUACAAAUGGCAGCGGAUCGACUGGGCAGAAAAUUAAGUCUACAGAUUUUAUGCUUUGGCAUAUUGGUGGGUUUAAUUGGAACAGCUUACAGCACAAAUAUGAAACUGAUUAUAACUUGGAAUUGUCUUUACGUAACUUGUAUAAGCACUACUAUGAUGGUGCUCCCCAUAUAUUUGACAGAAAUUUGUGAAAAUCACAACAGAGCAAAAUACGGCAGCCUGAUGUCGGUCUGUCUCAGUCUUGGUGAGCUGUAUUGCUUUAUUAUUGGACCAAAAUUUAAUUUUAAAAUUUUUACACUUUUGGUUGGUCUUCCCCUAGUACCAUUUCUUAUAUUUUUCCCAUUUGCACCAGAAUCUCCAGUAUAUUUGUUCUCAAAAGGAAAGGAAAAAAAAUGUAUAGAUGUAUUAAAGCGAUUGAGAAAUAACAAAACCGACAAUGAAUUAUGUAGCGAUUUUAAUGACAUAAGAGAAGAAGUGAAUAAAGUAAACUCCGAGAAUCAACUAAAAAUUGUUCAAAUGUGUACUGUAAAAGAAGCAAGACUUGGUUUAUUUUUAGCCUCUCUAGUCAUAUGUACACAAUUUCUGUGUGGGGUACCGACUGUGAUGAGUCUUAUGGAGCCAAUCUUUGAAGCAUCGAGUUCAAAUAUCUCCUCUAAUACAGUAGCAAUUAGUGUGGGAAUUACUAAAACGAUUAGCUUUACGGUCAGUUCCAUGAUUGUAGAAAGAUUUGACAGAAAGAUAAUGUUAUUAGUUUCUUCAAUCGGAACUGGAAUCUCAGUGGCGAUAUUGGGCAUAUAUUUUUAUUUGACACAUCUUAAUUCCCCCUUAGUCUCCCAAUUACAACUGGUCCCGAUUGUGACAGUUUUAGUGUACGUAAUGUCCUUUUCUUUAGGUCUUGGUCCACUUCCAACAGUUUUAACAAGCGAACUGUUCACAUCCGAUCUUAGAGCAACUGCCUUUGUUAUUCUCUAUAACACGACAGGACUAAUAUUCAUAGGUUUUUCUUCUGCGUUUCCCUUCGUAGCUAGUGUUUUGGGGAUUCAUUGGUGUAUGUGGAUAUUUUGUUUGUUCUGUAUUUUUGGUGCGAUUCUUAUGCAUGUAUAUUUACCAGAAACGAGAGGAAAAAGUAUAGCGGAAAUUCAGAUAUCGUUGAAAAACUAUUAGAUUUUUUUGUGAUAAUCAAUUGCUUACCACGGAAGCAUUAUAUUACACGGAAAUUAAUAGAACUUUUUUAAUAAGGAUAAUGCGGCGUAUAUACGGUAUUAUGUUCGUAUAUUCGCUAAGGUUUUCACUUAUUGUCAGAUUAUUUGGUAAUUAUUUUCAGAGUUAACACAUAUUUACUUUUAGUAAAGUUUUAUCUGAACCCAGCUUGUUAACUGAAUAAUUAUCUAGCGUGCUAAAUAUAUUGCUAGAAUUAUAGUUAGAAUUUAUACAGUAAAACCUGUGUAAAACGAAAUUGGAUGGAUUGUUCCGAUCUUAACGCCAUCGGCAUGAUACUUAGCAUGUAUUGAAACGUUUCAUUGCGUUCUGUAAAUCACUGUUAUUUUGUUCUGUUGUUCUGCUAGUGUAUCAUCAAAACAUAAAUCAUUUAAAAUUUCUCCGUUGUUCUCUGUUGUAAACUCUUAACAUAACAGUAUAAACUCUAAUAUGGAUGAUAAAUAAAU